GUGUCAAUAACAACCAGUACAACUAACGUCAACUGUUCUUAUGGCUGAUGAUGCAAGUGACGAUAAAAAUGAGAUUAAAGAUGAAGAAAAAGUUGUAAAACAUCGAAAAGAGAACAAAGCAAAGAACAAAAAAACUUUUUGGGUCACAAAGUCAAUAGCAGAAGAACUUGGAAGGGAAGCUGUCUUAAGAAGAACGUUAAUAGAAUUCGUAAUAUAUGUUGUAUUUCUUAUAUUUUCAACACUAUAUAUCAUUGGAAUUAAUACAACUUCUGUAUAUUAUUUAACAAAGGCUUUGAAACAGCAAUUUGUGGAGCAAGAAUUUGAAACUUUAAAUGGUGUUGGUAUCUCUUUUGGUGACAUUAAAACAGCUGUUGAUGUUUGGUUUUACCUUGAAAAUCACCUAAGUAACAGCUUAUUUUGGGAAUCUACUUAUGAUCCUAGACCAGGAGUUGAAAAUGCAAUGAAUAUUCUUCACGAAAAUAAAGUUUUGGGUGUACCAAGAUUAAGACAGGUGAAAGUGCGGAAUGAUUCGUGUAUUAUACAUAGUUACUUUCGCAGAUUAUUUCUAACCUGUUUUGAUUCAUUCUCUAGUAGUUCGGAAGAUGUUGAACCAUUUGGACCGCGAAACAAAACGGCCUGGGUAUACAGUUCUUCGAAGCAAACAAAAAGUCUGCCUUAUAGGGGCGAAAUAUCAACAUAUAAUGGAGGAGGUUAUUAUGUAAAUCUAUCUCGUAACAAGAGUAAAACUAUUCAACUAAUUCAAGAUCUGAAAGAUAAUUUGUGGAUAACCCGAGGAACUAGAGCAAUCCUUAUAGAUUUCAACGUAUACAACGGAAAUUUAAACCUUUUCGGAAUUUGUAAACUCAUAUUUGAAUUCCCCACAUUAGGAGGAGUCAUACCGUCUGCUAAAGUUCACACCGUUAGAUUGCUCAGGUUUCAUACCACUUUUGACUGGUUUAUAUUGGCUUGUCAAUGCAGUUGUUACUUUUUUAUAAUAUUUUAUUUGUUUGAAGAGCUUCGAGAGAUGAUUUAUUUCAAAUUUGCGUAUUUAUUCAAGUUUUGGAAUUAUAUUGAUUUGUUAAUAAUUACGUUAUUUGUUGUUGCUCUUAUAUUGUCAAUAUUAUUAAUACUACAAGUACCAGAUGCUCUUAACGAAAUUAGGAACUUUCCAGACGAAUACGGAAAUUUGGAAUACGUAACAGAAAUAUACAAAAAACAUAAUGAUGUGGUUGCGAUUGCUCUUUAUUUAAUUUACCUUAAAGCAUUCAAAUUUUUGAACUUUAACAAAACUAUGAGCCAACUGAAUGAUACUCUAAGCAAUUGUGUUGUUGACAUCCUAGGAUUCUCUUUAAUGUUUUUUAUUAUAUUUUUUGCAUAUGCUGAACUUGGAUACUUACUGUUUGGAAACCAGGUUGAAGGGUUUAGUAGUUUCAACAUAGCCAUGUUUACAUUACUUCGCACCAUCUUAGGUGACUUUGAUUAUCAAGAAAUUGAGGAAGCCAACAGAAUUUUAGCUCCUAUUUAUUUUCUAUCGUACAUAUUUUUGGUUUUCUUUGUUUUACUUAACAUGUUCUUGGCUAUAAUCAGUGACACAUACGCUGAUGUUAAAACUGAAAUAGCUGUUGCCCCAAACGAAAUGCACAUGUUAGAAUAUAUUCAGAAACAUUUUGGCAGGAUACUCAGAAAAAUGGGAUGCGGAAAAUUCUUGCCCAAGCAAUCUGACAUCAAAUCCGAAAUCAAUGCGAACGUUAGAGACAUUCGCGAUGUUUUGAAAAAAUGUGGUUACAGUGACCUUGAGAUAGAAAUGUUUUUUGCAAGAUAUAACAUUAGCCCGUUAGCUGAAAUGCAUGUCAAAGAUUCGGAUAAGUUACUAGCAGAGUUGAAAAAUAUAUUAAACCAUGACACCUCUAAAGAUAAUAAUUUUGUCAACUUGAAAGACUUUAUAAGUCAACAAGAACGGUUGAAGGACAUUGAAAAAACCAUAGGACAAUUGGUUCGGCAUUUAAAGGAAAUACUAAUGAAAUUGGAAACGAUGGAAAAUGUGACCAAAAAGAAAAAACACGUUUAAAAUGUAACAUUGUAUUUAUUUAUAAUA